GAGACGAGCUCAGUUUUCGUACAGGUGUCGACCCGCGUGCAAUCACCCAGUGCGGCAUAACAUAAUCGUAUAUGUAUUACAUUGUGCAUACAAAAUUAUAAUAUUGUUGUUAUUGUUCCGUUCGCGUGUUUUGUUGUUAAUUAUAAUAAUAAUCGGUUUGAUAAUAUAUUAUUGGAGUGCGCGGUUUCUUAAUAAACCAUAUUUUUAUUACUGAUUGUGUCUAACUUUUUAUUGGCAUUUAAUUUUUUUUUUAUCAUAAUUUAAAUUUUUCACGUCUUAAGAAUACACAGAUGAACAGUGCUCGGUGAUCGCCGCCUCGGAUGGAAUAUAGUUUUCGAAAUAUUAUGACAUACAGUGAUUAUUACUACUAACGAGGACACCGCGAGGGCUAAUGUAAUAAACCCUUAUAAUAUUAACAGGUGACGAUGAGCGUGACGACAACGAUAACGACGGCUGACUGCGAGCUGCUAGGCCGGGGGCCCGUCCAAGGAUCGGCUGACUCAGAUAGCCUGGCUACGCUGGUCAGACAGCUAUGCAAAAAGCAGCAACAACGUGGCCGGUUACCGGGACGCCGGUGUACGGUGGCAUGCAGCCGGGAUGCCGGGCUGGAGAUCAUCCCGUACCAGAGGAAGCGGCCAGACGACGAGGGUUUUGAGUCAGAUGAGGACUUGGCGUCGCUAGGCUCGUACGACGAUCCCGCAAAGAGGAAGACAGGAACGUUGGCAGCUGUGUCGGCAGCGGCGGGUGCAGCGUCGGACAGUGCCAACAGCAGCGGCGUUUCAGAAGACAGCGAUGACGCGGACGCCGCUUCACUGAGAGGUGAACAGGCGCCAGUCACGGUCGCCACGGAGACGGCCGACGGAUCUGGUCGGGAGGCAUAUGGGCUGACCGACGUGGCGUUCUGCCACACAGAUGCUGCUGCACUACCUGGUAUUGCAGUAUGGGUGAUCAAGACCAGGAGGACACCAUCCGCAGGCCUAGAAGCCAUCGUGGUCCGGAGCCGGGACAACCGGCUGCAGGACGUGUGUCGGGCGUACCAGGAGCACAGCAGACGCAUGAAGUUGGAACCGAAGCCUUGGGUCGGCCAUACGAAUGGUGCCGGUGGACCGUUGUCAUCACAGAGGCGCAAAGUCGGUGUCAGCGGUGGCAGCAUAAGUGGCAACAUAGCACUAACGGCAAUGCCUGAAGUGAACCGAUUCAACCUGGUGCAGCGGACCGAUACCGACGGGGUGACGCACAUCGAAGUGACAGCGGGACCUGUGGUGGCGGCGGCUAACUCAACCUCCAGGGAUUCGUCUCAGUCAAACAUCAUAAGCAUAAGCACGCCCGAAUCUCCAAGGCCGACGACUAAAGACCGAUCCUACGGAGACGAUAAUCAAGACCGAGACGAUGGUGACGGUGGCAUUGAGCCACCUCCGCAGAGACCGGAAAGGAGGAAAUAUAAGGUGAAACCGGACGAUGGUGACGGAAGUAACGAAGACUACAGGAGGCAACAGAAGGUAGUAAGGGGUCAGUUCAUUAGGGUCAAUGUCAACCAUUGCGCCGUGUUGCCGCCGGCCAGUCCGGAACCGGAAAGGAAGUCCGGCCAAGACUCAGCGGCCAAGUCACCCGCCGCUCAAUCGCCGACAACCGUCAUUUCGGAUCGGCUGUGGUCGACGGCCGAUUACGACAGGCUGGAUGGUAGGUACGAACAACACAGGCAGUCAUCGCGGUCCAGCAGUCGGACUCGAAGCAGGAGCACAGGCCCGGGUCGCCGGCAACAACAACCGUUACAGCUGGCCGCUGUCCAACCGUCACAUCCUCCACCAGUUGCGUUCAGUCGGUACCCGAACAACGAACAGCAGCAGCCGUCAUCUUUCGGAAACCGGUUCUUCGGAAAACUCCGUGAGAUAACUUCUGGAAAUCAGUCACCGCCACUACAGGACCUGCAACCCGUAGCUUUCCGGCGCCGUAACAGCGUCGGUGAAUCUGUCACCGCCAACUUUUAUCAAUAUUUUAGCCAUCAACACCACCAUCAACAUCACCAACUCGGCCAAUAUCAGCAACAACAACAACAACAGCAACAGCUCUAUCAGCAGCAGCUCCAUCAGCAGCACAGGCAACAGGCCAAAAAUGGCGGACAUCUUAAGUCAGUGAUCAAGAAAAACAACAAGAGCCAACUCUAUCAACAUACCUACGACGAACCCAAAAAGGUCACGUUCAGCGCCUACGCCACUGUUCAAGUUGUCGAUUAACUAGGCGCUCCCUUCACCAUACAUUCAUUGUACCAUAUACAAAGUUUACUUGUGUUGUCGAACGUCAGUCGUCGUCGUGUUACCAAUAGAUUUAACCGGUCACGCUGACCGCCUGUCGGGCAAUAGGGCGUAGUAUAUUACCAAAAAAUUGCUCAAAUUCACAUGUAUGUUGUUUUUCUGCAUUUGCAGAAAUAAAUCACAUGUAACAACACUAGCUGUAGGGUAAUUCGAUAUAAAAAUGGUGAAUGAUAAAUUCCUAUUUAACGUUUUAAUGAUUUGAAAUUAUAUGUCUAAUCGAUAGUUUAUUUCGCCUUUUUUUUUAAUAAUGAAAAUAGUCAUAGUACCGCAACAUACAUUUUUUGUUCUAAAUAUCGUUUUUCUCCACUCAAAAUUCAAUCAUUAAAUCAAAAUCUAAUAAAUCGUUAUGGUUGCACGUCACAUUGGUCAUUGUAUUAAGAGGUCAAGUUCGUGUCUUCGUCGUUGAAGGCAUUUGUAAACUGGGCCCCCGACAUGACACUGAAUUCGUCGUUAAUUUACUCUACUUCUUUUUACGUGGGAAUUCUUUGAUUGUUUCAUCGUUUUAUCUUCGACCGGAAGAUAGUAAACGGACGGAAACGACAUUAAAAUACGACGUAUGUUUAUUUUAAUAGUAAGAAAUAAUCGUACGAAGUCAGAGUGACAGUAAACCUAUAUAAAUAUAUAUAUAUAUAUUAGUAUGAUAUUGAAUAUUACGUCAUUGUUGUUCUAGUUUUUGAGAAUGUGAUCGAUCAAUUAUUAUUCUGUUAUAUAUAUUUUUAUCGACACGCCAUUCACGAAUAUUACGCCCUCUUACCCGUUACGCGUUCGCGUUAUAUUCUAGUAAAGCUAUUCACUAUUCAGAUUGUUGCUCAUUAAACGAAAUAUUAAUAUAUUUUAUUUAUGAACGUAUUUUUUUUUUAUAUCUUACCUAUAUAAUACAUCGUUACUGGCGCAUAUAUUAUUGAAUUGUACAUUAAGUUAACUUAUAUAGGUAACAUUUUAAUGGUAGACAAUAAGUAUAACUUAAUUUCCUUAUUAUAUCUAUCAAUUACGUUUUAUUUUCUGUAUAACAUAAUAUAGAAGACGACACCGCUGCAGGUAUUAAGCACUUGCAUGUGUUUUUUGGGACCGUUU